ACAGCUGAUUGCGAUAACAAUAGCCCAAAGGGUCGCCUAUCGAGCCAGCAGUAGCGUAAAGCAAACGGGCUGCAAAAACCGCAAUACGAAGAACGUGUGCAGCGUAGAACGAAAAAGUGGAUCAAGCCAAAAAAAAAAAGUAUUAAGAAUGCAAAUGGCUCAUAGGUAAAAGCAACUGCACUGCCAACAAACGAUAGACUGGAACUGACAACAACAAACGGCAGAUCAACAACAACAACAUGGAGUUGCGUGAGCUGCGUACCGGCAACAACAACAACAACAACGGCAGCAGCAGCAGCAACAACAACUGCAGCAACAUCGAUAGCAUUGUGGGUGGAGUAGGAGGUGGAGUGGGGAGUGCCGGUGAAUUGCAUGGCAUUUGCAUUGGCAGCGCUGCUGGCGCCGAAGGCGGCGUUCAUCGUAUGCCAACAAAAGCGGAUCUCUUUAUGGAACAAUUAAAUGCAACGAAUGCCAAAAAAGUUGCUUUAUUGCUUGUCCUUGGCUUUGUGGUCUAUCACGGUCUGCUCAAUUGGAAUUAUGGCAGCGACUCCUGUCAAUGGCUGUUAUCGAAGGGCCGCUUUAAGGGCGACAACGAGUGGCAACCCUACGGUUGCAUGAUGCACAAAUACUCCUACACUGACACACGACGCUGUCUACGCUAUUUUGCAUUUUUCGAUAACAAGAACAACUUUGUUUUUAUCGGCGAUCGAAGUGUUCGAUUGUUGUAUCAACGAUUUAUCGAGCAACUGCAUCUACCGCAAUCGGAGAGGGAGACAGCAAAAGAGAGCGAGACGGAUGAUAAGAAUGGCUCGUGGCGUGAUAAUGUGAUAACCCGUUUUGAGGAUAAAAAACUGACAAUGCUAGCACAAUAUAUACCCGCCGAUGAAGUAAAUCCCAUAUUAUUGGAUCGCUUAUUGCAACUGGAAAUGGAAAAGAAAUUGUCAUCGGUUUAUGUGCUGGGCUUAACCUAUAGUAAUCUGCAGGGAGGCAAUGUUACGGAAGAACUACUCCGUCAAUAUAAUGCAAACUUGACGCUUUUGGUGGCGCCUCUACAUCGCUUGGUAUCCCAAAGAUCCCGAGUGCUGUGGAAACUCGCCGAACGCGUGGAUGAGGAGAAAUUGCCGACGAGUUGGAAAUUGCAAAACGAUGACAUUGAUCGACUGAAUAAUGUGGCACGCAAUGUAUUUCAUUAUACGGAUAUAAGUCUGUGGGAAUCGGCCUGGCAUAUAGCCAAUGGUUUGGUGGAUAAUUCCAUAGCUGGUUACGCUUUAAAUGAGCAUGGACAGCGUUUGGAGGUGCAAUUACUAUGGAAUAUGUAUUGCAAUGAUCAAAUGAAUUAUAACGAUGGCACGUGCUGUAGCAGUGCUGAGCCGCAUACAAGUUUACAAAUUGUAGCGUAUGCGCUAUUCGGUGUUUGUAUUGCUUUAGUUUGUGGCAUGUGUUUGCGCCGUUGGCUGUUGCAUUUACGUGGACAUACCUUGUAUGUGCCACUGCAACAACAACAGCAACACAAUCCACAUCACAACAGUCAACCCUUAAAAAAACCAUCAUUUUUAACCGCCACACCUUUGUUGGCUUUAUCACUAUUGGGCCUGAUUUUAGCCUAUUUCUAUCUGUGCGAUCGCACCAAUUUCUUUAUGAAAGAGAACAAAUAUUAUUCGGAAUUUAGUUUCUGGAUACCCGUCGGGUAUGUCUUUGCUUUAGGCUUAUUUUUUACGGAAGAUUCGCGUUUAACGCAAGUCUUGAAUCGCAAUCAAACGGAUGAAUUACGUGGUUGGAUUUUGUUGGUUGUAUUAAUUUAUUAUAUGACUGGCGCCCAACGUGUGUUGCCCAUACACAUGCACAUUAAGUUGCUCAUUUCUGGUUAUUUCUUUUUAACCGGUUAUACGCACUUUACGCACGUUUGGCAAACCGGUUCAAACGGUUCCAUGUUUGUGCGCUUUUUUCAGUCACUUUUCAGGGUGAAUUUCCUCUGUGUAUUGUUGUGUUUCUGCAUGAAUCGUCCGUAUCAGUUUUAUUAUUUUGUACCCUUGCUUUCAUUUUGGCUGUGUGUGGUCUAUUUUGUGCUAGGGUUGCCACCGCGCAUUACAAGCGCCUCCUUGGAUGCAUAUCCAUUGCAUUAUUUGUAUUUAGUAUGCAAAUGCAUUGGUUGUUUGGGUUUAAUAACCGUGCUUUUUAUGUCCGAGGUGUUUUUCGAGCGGAUUUUUGUCACCCGUCCGUGGAAGGCGCUUUUUGUCAGCACCGAUGACGAUAUACACGAGUGGUGGCAUCAGUGGAAACUAGAUCGUUAUACCAUCACAUUUGGCAUGAUUUCAGCUGCCUGUUUUCAUAUUGCCCAAAAGUAUAAUGUUUUUGAUGAUAAUAAUCAUGGCAAUUUAUUUUCACGCCGCACUUCAUUAUCGGUUACACUGCUCGCUCUUUUGGGCGUUGGCAUCUAUACGUCCUUUUCGUUCUUGUGCCGCAAUGUGCAGAAUUGUGAGGAAAUUCAUUCAUAUAUUGUUUUUAUACCCAUUAUUGGUUAUAUUGUUUUGCGUAAUAUUUCGGGUAUAUUACGCACUAGAUAUUCAAAUUUCUUUGCUUGGUUUGGACGCAUCUCGUUGGAGUUGUUUGUGUGCCAAUAUCAUAUUUGGUUGGCUGCGGAUCGUCAUGGUGUGUUGGUGUUAUUGCCGGGAUUCCCCACCCUCAAUAUGAUCAUCACUUCGUUUAUUUUCGUGUGCGCCUCACACGAAGUGCAUCGACUCACACAAAUUCUAUUGCCCUACGCAGUGCCCAAUGAUUGGCGUCUUGUUUUGAGGAAUUUUGUUAUAUUUUUGAUUAUUCUCAUACCAGUUGCGCGUUCCGAUGGCAUGUUCUAAAAAACCCUACAAUUUAUUAUUACCUAAUAUAAUUAUUAUAUGCAAAUCUUAAGUUACAAACAAAAAAAAAAUUAAAACUGUUUAAAUUAAAAUACAUUUGAAGUUGAAUUUAAAAAAGCAGU